AACAAAGAAGUGCAUGGUACGUGUAUGUGGCAACUGUGGUGUCACUGUAAACAGGGAAAGUGACUUUGAGAGGACGAAAUAGGAGGAAAGUACCACUAUGACUGAAAUUGGGCCACUUUCUGCUAGUCAGAUAGGGAGUUUUGCCUACCUGACAGUGAAGGAUCGGCUACCUAUCAUCCUUACUCGUGUGAUUGAUUAUCUGUACAGAGAGAAGGUCUUAAUUGGUGACAAAUAUGGAGAGGGUGGGAAAGAAGGUUGUAAGGAAGUCGUAGGCCGCCUCUCUCAACUAAAAAAUGAAAUUCAGACGAAUAAACCUUUGCUACUUCUCCAAACUCACCCAGAUCCAUCCAGUCUGUUUGAUGACACUGAUUUGUGGAACCGACAGUUUGAGAAGUACAUAAGUGUUUAUGGGAUGCCACCCAAAUGGUUCACUGCUCCUUGGUUAUAUGUGGAAUGCUACAUGUAUGCACGCAUCCAUGAAGCCUUCUACCUUUGUAAUCCACUACGGGAAUUUGACCCCUUUGAGGAGCAGAAGAAGAAGAGUUUGAUAGAUUCACAUGCAGCAACUGAAUCUCUGGCUACACAUGUAUUAUCUCUGUGUAGCAGGAUUCCCACACUCACUGAGGAGCAGUUGAAGCAGAGUGUCACUCAGUUAAUUGAGGUUAGUGUGUGGGGUAACAGAUGUGAUCUUAGCCUCUCUUCUGGUGCUGACAGAACUCAGGAGACAGAUCUUUUAAUUUCACUGGAUAAACUACGCUCAAACAUCAUUGAAAACAAUUUGGACUCAUUAUGGCAACUUCUAGUAGCCCUUCCAGAAGACCAAAGAGAUAUUGUACUAGUGCUUGAUAAUGCAGGAUUUGAACUAGUCACAGAUCUGUGCCUGAUGACAUUCCUGACAGAGGCAGGUCUCGCCACCUCUGUCACCCUGCACCCAAAGACCCGUCCUUGGUUCGUUUCAGAUACCACGCAUAAAGAUUUAGUCUGGACUAUCGACAGGUGCAGAGAAGAUGGAGGAUCUGCAGGCGAAAUGGCCAAUAAAUGGCUAACAUAUCUCUCUGAUGGUCGAUGGAAGGUCUCCGAAAACAAAUUUUGGACUACUGAUCUUGACUUUGCUGAUAUGAGCCAAAUUGAGCCAGAGUUGUAUUCACAGCUAAGCAAGGCAUCUUUAAUUAUUUUCAAGGGUGAUUUGAAUUACCGGAAGCUUACUGGAGACUUUGAUUGGCCAACAACUACCAGCUUUGAAUGUGCUCUCCGUAGCUUCUCCCCGGCCCCAGUGCUAGCUUUACGUACAGCUAAAGGUGGACCAGUUGUUGGGUUGGCUCCUGGCGUUAGCGAAAGAAUUGCAGAUGUAACACGUAGCUGGAACACCAGUGGAGACUAUGGCAUGAUCCAGCUCUGUACUUUCUCAUGAUUUGUUGAUCUUUUGUUGUUAUUGUUGUUAUGAGCAAUUUUCUCAUGCAGUUUGUUUAAUUUAGAUCUGAUCGUUUAUAUCAUGCUUUGUGUAAUAAUGUGUAUUCAGAUCCAUAGUAGUGAGGUAGUAAAUUUGUGAGCCAUUUGGUGCUUUCCUUGUACUGUGCUACAAAACCCCAGCUGGAAGACAUAAUAUAUUUUGCCCUUAAAUUUUGCUACAAAACUUUAAUUUAUAUUUAUUAUACAUGUGCAAUACAGUACUGUAUUUGGUACGGUAUACUUUGCCAGUAUCAAUAAUGAUUUAUUUGUAGAAUUAAAAGUAGCAUGUUUCUUUUCAUAUUCUUUUAAGAUGCUGGUUAUUUGUAAGAUGCUAUUCACGGUUUCUUAGGCUACCUACAAAUGAAUACAGGUCGAGGAUCAUUUAUCCGAAAUUCUGAAAACCAUAAAAAUCCCAAAACCGAAAGCUUUUUAAUGGACCCUACUAUGUGUGAGUAUGAAGGCAUAUAAUUCUGGGUAUCUUGGAUGAAAGCAGAAAGAUGGUAUAAUUACUACUACUGCUUUGCUGUUGCUUGGAAGUGAGUGACAGAUUGUGAAAAGCUGCAUAUGUAAAUAUACAGUAGAGUAUAGUUUCAACAUAUAAAGUCCUGUUGUGAGGAAAACAUGAACGUGAGAAAACCAUACAUAUUCACUGUUAUGCUUGCACGUGAUUAUGCAAUGGGCCCGAGCCAAACUCCCUGUAUAUUAUACCCACAACUAUAACAAGGACUGCAAUGAGACAUAUUACAUUUGCAAUAACCUGAAUUAGCAUAGCAGGUCAAGUCUGCGGAACAGUUACUUAAGCCAGUCAGCUGCUACUUUCUCCAUGUGUAUUAACCUGUAACCCUGAAACUUGUGUUCACAUUUAUCACAUAAGUUUUUUUUAGCUAUAAUAUUAAAAACAUAUCCAAGCAAAA